CACGACAAGCUUCCUCGAAGUCAAACCAGACACUGUGGGAAUAAUUUGGAAAUUUGGAGGUCCUUGAAGAUCUUGGAGGUCUUUUCAACAGCUGUUCGUCUUGCCAGGCUAAAGAAAUGGCCAGUCCACUAGAGCGGGUAGUAGCCCAGAAGAAGGAGGCCAUUGAAGCUGUAAUGGAGAUGUUUGAGAAGAGUGCUGAGGUGCUGGCCAGCACUGUUGGAGAGUUAUCACCUCUUUUUGAGGCUGCUACUCCAGUCCUCAAGCUUGUUCUUAAUAAUGUGGAAAGCAAGGAAGUGAUAUAUGUCAAAGAUCAAUUUCUAGUGGUGAGGCGCAAAUUAGAUGUCCUCUCAUCUCAACUGCAGGACAUUGAUGCUGAGAUCAGGAGGAGACGUUUGGAUUCUCAGUUCUUCUCUGUGGAAGAGAAUCUGCGCAAUCAGUUCAGAAAAUAUAUAGACAUUCUGGAGGCCAAACCUGAGUACAAGGAGGUCAAGAAACGCUUGUUCUUGGAGCAUUUUUUUAUAACAGGAGGAGAGAAAAACCUAUGUGUGCUUUAUGAUGCUUUGAUUGGGAAAAGCACAUUUGGGGAGCCAAUUCUGGAUGUUGUGGAACAGUACGAGGCCAGAAACAGGAGGGUCCUGGAAGACUUCUGUGUAAGGUUGAAGGAGCUUCUCUGCUUGGGAAUAAUCGCUCUACUGGGAUAUUGUUUCCUCAAUCUGGGCGAAGAGGCAGAGCAGGAGAAGAUGCAAGAGUGGAGCACCAAGAUCCAAGAAAUUGAGAUGAAAAUGAAGGAAACCAUUGAGAAAUGUGUGAAUUCAUUUCCAGAGCAAGCUGAAUUGGAUAUCAAGAGGCUUAUGAAGGAAAGAGAGGAUGGGAACCUCCAGGAAAUGGCCAAUGAACUGCUGGACUUCCUAGUCAAGAAGUACGACUGGGUGAGCUGGUCCAUCCGUGUCAUUACUAACUUGGGCAAAAUUCGUAACUGGAGAGCUGGAGAAAACUUUCAGUCUAUGGCCGGCCAGAAAUACUUUGAAGUAUCGCAAGGAACUGAAACCAUCCUGGUGGUGUCCUACUGCAGCAACCCUCAACCUGUGCCCAAUGAGAACAUAAAACAGACUAUGGAGGGUACUGCAAAGAAGGGAGAUGCCAAAGCUGUAGUUGGGGUUCUGGAGAAGCAGUUAGCUGGGUUUUGGGUUCAUGCUGUCAGUCGUCACAAGGAGAGCUUUGCUGUGUCGAGUUUUCCUGAAGACUGCCACUACUGGGAGAAACAUAAGAAUGUGAAUCUGUGUGUGCAUUCAGAGUAGAGUUACUGUCACACUUUACAAAUAAGCAUGUGUAUACUGAAUUUCUUUAAUCUUAAAGUCAUGUUAUAUUUAAAUGUCUCUCUAAAAACAUCUGAAUAGGGAAUGUUAAGUGUCGUGACAUAAGCAAAUAUGUUGUAGUAAUAAAGAAA